ACACCAUUCAAGAUGGCCCAUUAAUCCUAAAGAUUCUUGUGGCGGCUGAAGAAUUGGAUCUUAAUCGCUUAAUUAACCACAUCCAGAACUUCCUGAUUGAAGAGAAAACCCAAUGGCUCCAGGAAGAUCCAAGACCAGAACUUAUUUUUAAUUCUGAAAACUUUCUUUCGAUUGAUGAACCAAUGUUGAUUCUAUUGCUCACACGAGAUGAUCUAGCUAUGGAUGAGAUUGACAUUACGCCAUAUUGGAAGCAACAGAUUCCAUUAAUAAGAUGGUUCCAGAUUCCACCCGCUGAUUUCUCGCGCAAAGUACGUCCUUAUAAGAAACUUUUACCCGAAGCGCUUUAUGAAGACAUCUUGAGUUACCAUUUGCCGACUCUGAAUGUCUCCUUUGAUUCCACUACAAUUACGUCCAACAUAGUUGCUCUACUGGCAACAUGGAUAGAUUGUAAAAGUAAGGAUGCUAGCUAUAAGUUGCAGAAGAAUCCAUAUGACUUCAAACUCGCAUUCAGGGCUAGCCGUGAUGGGUUCAAUCAUACUACAUUUCACCGUCGUUGCGACAACAAGGGCCUAGCAUUCUCCUAG